AAAGUGACAUUGAUGUAUUCCAAAAAUAAAUCGUUAAGAUUGGGCGAUUAUAUCACGAUGCCCAUUAUUUUAUUGGAUCAUCACUAUACUCAAAGCUUCACAACUUUAAAUUAAUUUGAUCAAAUAACUUCGAAGAAAAACUCAGACAUUCUUGUGUUAAACGAUCCAAUUCAAGAAAAAAAAAAAAAAAAAAGGUGAUGAAGCAGCAAGUUGAAAUUAAAGCGCAUGCGAUAAUGAUCACACUGCCUUACCAAGGUCAUCUGAACCCGUUUGUUGAUCUGGCAAUGCAGCUUGCUUCAAAGGGCAUAACCGUCACUUUUGUCCACACCCAACACGCUCACCAUCUCAUAACAACAUCUCGACACACUCCCACCUCCGACAUCUUCUCGGCGGCGCCUCAUCUCGACAUUCGCUACGCCACCAUCUCCGACGGCUUCCCCCUCGAUUUCGACAGAGACCUUAACUGGGUCGACUACUGGGAGUCUCUCAUCCGCGAUUUCCCAUCACGUGUUUCUGACUUGGUAGGCGAUAUAAUCUCGUCGUCUGAUCCGUCGUUGCCGCCCUUCUUGGUUGCUGACACUUUCGCUGCAUGGCCUGCGAUGGUCGCCCAAAAAUACAACCUACUCAAUGUCUCCUUCUGGACUCAGCCGGCCACAGAGUUCGCCAUUGAUUAUCACUUACAUCUGCUUAAACAAAAUGGUCACUAUCCACCAAAUAAAGAUGAUGAUGAGCACGUGAUAAAUUACAUCCCCGGAGUAGCGCCGAUCAGUACUAAAGACUUGAUGUCGCAUCUUCAAGAAGCUGAUCCAACAAUAGCUCACGAGAUUGUUUUCAGAGCUUUUAAAGAGGUUGUGAAGGCAGAUUUCAUCCUACACAACACAGUGCAGGAGCUAGAGCCUCACACUCUAUCAGUCCUGAGCCAGAAACAAGCAACAUAUGCUAUAGGCCCCAUCAAUUUCUCCACCAAAACCAAAACCAGCGUUCCAAUUCCAAAGAGCUUGCGCCAUCAAGUAGACUGCUCCAAGUGGCUCGACGCGAGGCCGCGCCGCUCGGUCUUAUACAUCUCGUUUGGCAGCAUCGCGCAGACUAAUAGAGAGGUGAUACAAGAGAUAGCUCACGGCCUUGUUGUUAGUGGCGUGAGCUUCAUUUGGGUUAUUCGGCCUCAGAUUGUGAUCGAUGAUGGCACGGAUGUUUUGCCUGCCGGAUUCGACGAGGAUGUUAAGGACAGGGGGCUGGUCGUUCCGUGGUGCGAUCAGCUUGCUGUGCUUUCUAGCCCGGCGGUGGGGGGAUUUCUGACGCACUGUGGAUGGAACUCGAUUCUCGAGAGCGUGUGGUGCGGUGUCCCCAUGAUAUGCUACCCAAUUUUGUACGACCAGCCGACUAAUCGGAAGUUGGUAGUCGAUGAUUGGAAGAUCGGAAUCAAUCUUUGCAAUGGGGAAUCUGUUUGUAGAGAAGAGGUUGCAGAGAAGAUUAAGAAGGUGAUGAGUGGUGAGGCAUCGGAUGCCAAUUUGAAGGAAAUAAGGAGCAAACUGCAUGAUGCUUGGAGUGAGGAUGGUUCUUCUCACACAAAUUUUGAUCGAUUUCUCAAGGACUUAAAUCAUAAAAUCUAGGCCAAUAAGGAGAUGAUCUCAUUCAUCUUCUUUAUUUAUGUUCCUUUUUUUGUUUGUUUCAUUUUUUGUUUUGUUUUUGCUUUUGAAGCCGCUACAAAAUGCAUGCCAGAUUGAUUGAUGGAUGAUAUGAUGCAUUAUUGGCAUGUGCAAUUUAUUUUA